AUGAAUUUAUUAACAUUUGGAUUUAUUAAUUAUUUUAUUUUUAUUUGUAUUUUGUGUACAUUUAUCGAACAAAGCUUUGCCACAGAAAAGUUAAAUCCUCCAGUUGCAUUCCCUAUAUUUAGACCACCUUUGGAGGCUGUUCAACGAUAUAAAACUUCCGCAGAACAUUUACAAAAACAACAUUCUUCUCAACAUUUAAACGAUACACAAAUAGAAAUUGAAGAAAUUUCAACAAAUUUUAGUAAUGAUAAUAAUACUUUUGUUGAACCUUCACUUGAAGGAUUAUUGGGGGAUGUAGAGGAAGAUGCAAAUGAGGAAUUUAUUGAAGGAAAAAUAAAUAAUAAUAAAACAAUUAUUGAAGAACAAAAACAAAAUAAUACUUUAGAGAAUUUGGGGGGAAAUUUUGGAAAAUUAAAAAAUGAAAUAAAAUUGAGGCAUUUAAACAAUUCAAUUAAUGCCACAAAAAUAAUAAAUACACCUCAAUUUCCUGUAUUUACUGGUUUGGGGAUGGAAAUUAUUGAUGUCUCACCUUCAAAUGAUGCUGAAAAAGAAAAUAAAUUUAAAGAAGAAAUACCUUCCCUUCCUCCUCCUCCUCACAACCACCAACAACAACUUCAAUUUAAUAAUCACCAUAAAUUACAUUAUUAUUUAAAUAAAAAUAAUACAAAAUUAAAUAAAAAAUAUCAUCCAUUAAAAAUAAAUAAAGAACAACAACAAGAAUUACCAACAACAACAAUUCCUUUAAUUCAAUUAUUACCUACAACCCCCAAAAAUUUUGAAGAAGAAAAUAAUCCUUUUUUUGUACAACAGAAUUUAUCAGAACAAAAAUUAAAUAAAACAGAAAAUAAACAAUUAAAUAUUUCUGAAAAUGUUGGGGAGGAUAUUGAAGGAAUUAAUUUAAUUAAUGGAACUGAAUCGAAUAAUAAUGAAAAUAAACAUGCCAAAGAGGAUAUUAAUAACAAAACAAUAAUUGAUGAAAAUAAAAAUAUUAGUACCUCAAAUACUACAAUUACUUCAAUUACCUCAAGUAAAGUUAAUUUAACUGAAAAAGACUUCUCUACUUCUUCUCCUUCAAUAACAACACCAAAAAUUUUAAUUGAAGAUUUUGGAAGGCCUAAUAUACGUGAUGAAUUAGAUAAUGGAUUUGAAAGGGUUACAAUGCAUUUAGUUGAUAUUCCUUCGACUACAACUGAAUUAGUAAAUAAUGGGUCUAUAAUUGUUGAAGAAGAAAGGCCUUCACAACACCACCAACAAACAACAACACAAAAUAUAUUAACAUUUAAUGGAAUACCUUUUAAUCUUCCCUCAACAAAACCACCCCCACCAUCUAAAACAAUAGAACAAUUAAAUACAAAUUUAUUUACAACAACUACAACAAUUAUUCCCUCAAAUACUUUAAAUUCCCCACCCCCACCACAAUCUUCUAAUGAUAAAAAUGAAGUAUUAAUAGAACAACAACAUUCCCAUAUAGAAUUUCCUCAAAUAAAUAAUAAUUUGGGUGAAGGAGAUGAUUUAAUAAAUAAUCAGGGAAAUGAAAAAGAUAAAAAUGAAAAUUCAAAAAUAAAUGGAGAUAUUGAAAGAGAAAUGGAAAAUAAAGAAAAUUUUGUUCAAGAAGAAAAUUUAAAUAAAAAUGGGGUAAGAAUAAAUUAUUGGGGGCGUCAAAUUGUGGCGGCGCCGAAAUGUUCAAAUAAAGCCUAA